AUAACCCCAUUGUAUUGAACUUGGAAAGUUCGCUCACGUCAUUUAGUCAUGAGUGCCUCAGAUGUGAACUUCGCCUUGUUAGGAGUUUUGUGGUUCUGUUUGAUUGCUCAUGUCACCUGUGCCUCUGAUCAAAGUGACGGCUCUUUGGCUUUACCUCAAUGCAUUUCCAACGUCGACUGCGGUGAAAAAUUGGCCUGUAUCGACCUAAAAUGUCAAGAUCCAUGUCCUGGACCCUGCCAUGGUAAUAUCACCUGUGAUAUCGUUGACCAUGUACCGUACUGUUCCUGCAAGCCUGGCUUCUCCGGCAGCCCCUUCACUGGCUGUCAACGAGCUUCACCAGGAAACUGUUCAACAACUGGUAGAAAAGUGUACAAGGUGGAGCGUUUCAUUAAGGUCAACUGGUUUGCUGCGAUAGUUCAUUGCCAGUCACACGGAUGGAGGUUAGCCACGAUAGAUUCCAAGGAGGAGAAUGACUUGAUCAAGGAAGAAAUCCGUAAAACAAGAAUACGGAAUAAUCGGUUCUGGACUUCCGGUACAAAUUAUGCCCAUGGAGACUGGAUCUGGAUGGUUUCUGGGAUGCCCCUGCCAGAGAGUACGGACUGGGAGCCUGGUGAACCUAACAAUGCUGGGGAUGAACACUGUAUCGAGUUCUAUGAGAAGAAUGGAAACGGCUACAUGUGGAACGAUAGAGGUUGUUUCGAUGAGAUAUAUCCGAUAUGUGAAUCUUUUGAAUAGGAUCAUUAUGAUAAGUCUGCUUUUUAUUUUGGUUAGGAAUUACAAAUUUGUUACCUU